UUUAUCAAACUGUCAUUCUGUAAAUUUAUUUUUUUCUUUAUUUAUUAGUAGAAUAAGUACGUUCGCAAAACAGUUAAUCGAAUGAAUAUAUCUACUAAAUUUUUUUCCAACAAUCUAAGCAAUUUAACUCUUUUUAGUUAGUUUAAUAUGCGUUGAAUUCAGUUUGUGUAUCCGCCGCUGGAGAGCAAAACUGAAUGCACUGUCGAAAUAUUAUAAUUUUCUCCAUUUUAAUUUUCCUCUGCAUAACAUGGAUGCAUUACAAUCUGCUGACAAAGAAAGACUCUCCGUCCAUUCUUUUGUACCAAAAUCUGUCCCACUACGUCCAUCCAGAAAAACACACAGCCCUGAUACUCCCGAAGUCUCAAUGCACCGGUGACGUCUUCAUCGUGGUCGUCAUAUGCUCAGCCGUCCCCAACUUCGAAUCCCGAAGCGCCAUCCGAAGAUCUUGGGGGCAAAAUGGCGUUAGUCAGCGCAACACAUAUUUCCUGUUGGGAAGAUCCCCCAAUGACGACAUCAACGCAGCUGUUGCCACCGAGAGUAGAAAGUACUCAGAUAUCAUCCAGGAAGACUUUCUGGACACCUACAACAACUUAACUCUCAAAUCUGUGAUGUUGUUGAAAUGGGUGAAAGAGCAUUGCGGAAAUGCCAGGUAUGUGAUGAAGACUGACGACGACAUGUUUGUCCACGUGCCUAAUCUUGUCAAAGCUCUGGAAAUCAAAAUGGAACCCAACCUCCUACUGGGUUGUUACCUCAACGAUUCCAUUCCAAACAGAGACCGCAGCUCCAAAUAUUAUGUUCCAGAAAGUUUUUUUCCUGAUCAGUACUACCCGCCGUACCUUUCCGGUACAGGAUAUGUAUUUUCCGGGGAUACCGUUUCCGGAUUGUACAGAGCGUCGCUGGAGGUCGAGUUUUUCCAUUUGGAAGAUGUUUUCAUAACCGGUGUGUGUGCUAGUCGAAUCGGACUGCAGCCUCGCCAUGAUGGCCGCUUUUUGUACAAAAAUGAUGAAAAGAAAAAGGACUGUUGCACGCUGCAAUCCUUGAUCACUGCUCAUAAGAUAUCACCAGAAGAAUUGUUACAGAUAUGGAAAGCGUGUUUUCAAAAUAACGUCGUGUCUUGCCCAUCCAAUGCAAACUUUAUUUCAUAUUCUGAGAGCUUCCUGAUAAUCUUCGUUAUGAUAGUUAUCUACAUUACAAUAUAACAGUGGAAUUGCAUGAUUUGAAAAACCCACUAUAAAGGAUUCUAAAUUAAGCGACUGUGAUAUAUUUAGUCGGAUCCAAUGUAUGUAAUUAUGACUUUUUAAUUAAAAAUGCCUUUC